UUGUCCCCUUCGUACUUUUGAGUAUCAAGUUCUGUGAGGCUUCCAAAACUUGUAUACGGCCUUAUCCAAAGGAACACAUCUUCCCAAUAUUGUAAUUAUUUCUUUCCAAAACACUAUCCUCUUUGACAAAUAAUUGACUUCAAAUGGCUUCCAAUCUUGUAAAAUUCCAUGCACAAUCCAUCCAAAUUCCCCACUCUUCAUUUCACUUCAACCUCACCAAAUUCCCAUACGCAAAAUCCUUAAACUCUUUAGGAUCAACACAACAACUUAACAAUCUUUAUCUCUCUUUUACCUUCACAAAACCCCUAAAAAAGUUCCAAAUUUCACCUCCUCAAUGUUCGCUCUCUUCUCCUACCCCACCUGCCAGCAAAGAAGAUGCAAUUUCCCAAGCAAAAUUAUCUCUUUUUAGUACUUUAGAGAAACCACUUAACAAUCCUAAACUCAUUGGAAAAAUCAAGAAACUCAAACAACCAAGAUUUCGUGUUGAAAUUCCAGUUGUUGAUGACUCACCAUCUGCAAUAUCUCAACUUGCUCUUGAUAUAUUUGGAAACAUACCCUUAAAAAAGAAAGGUCCAAAAAUCAAGAUUCUUCUUUUAUGGCCUAAUAAAACCUUAAAACAAGCUGCAGAGAUAGUUUUUGAGAAGAAAUAUUCAAACCCCAUUAUAGAAAAUUUAGAUAUUUCAUCAAAUAUUGGUGAAAUAUCUGCUGAUGUAUUGGUUUUUAUGGCUCCUGAGGCUUCAAGAUUAAGUUUUAUGAAGGAUAUUUCUGAUGUGUUUUACCCAAAGCCUGUGGUGAUAUUUAAUCCUAAAUGGGGUUUUGAUGAAGAGAGUAGUUUUGGUGAGUUAAGUGGAUUUGUGAGUUCUUUUGAGGUUGUGUAUUCAUUUAUGGGAUUGGAGGUUAGAGGGAUAUUGAGUAAUAGAAAAGGGGUGAUGUUUAGAUGUGUUAAAGAUGGUGUUUUGAGUGGCGAGAAUUCGAAAUGGUACGUGUUUGUUGAAGAAGAUGGAGAGUUGAAGGUUGUUUCGAGGUUUAAAACAAGGCCAUCGAUCGUUGAAGUUGAGAAUGUUUUGUAUAACUUGAUGGCUAUGAAUUCGCCAAUUACAAAAUCGGCGAAGUUCUUGAAGGAUUUGGUGUCAAAUGUAAGGGGAAAAAAGUAAAGCGCAAAAAUUCAAGGUAUCAGAGCUAAAAUAGAUCACAUCUUUUUAAUUGUAGUUUUAUUUGUUUUAUUUAUACCCUGUGUAAUAAAAAUUAUUCUGAUUGUAUUGGAUUUAAGAUAGAGAACAGAGAGGAGAAGGAAAGGGGUGACUAACUUUAGCAUGCACAUGGUUUUUUUGAAACUUUGCAAUCUGUUAUUUUUUUAAUCCUUAUGAAUAAUUCUGCAUGAUA